CGAAUUUUUUUUUUAUUGUUUUGUUUUUUUCUUGUGUGCCAUUAACCGGUUUUGAAACAUCCAACGUCAUAAAUUAUAGGUAGACAUUAUACAUAGGUAUAUCUAUAUAUGUUUGUAUGAGCAAAAACCAAUAAUGAAUAUUGCCUGGUGUAUUUGGUGAAUCUUCAGUGAAACAAUUCGCAAGCAAGUGACAAAGUCCGUUGAUCUAUUGCAAACAACUUGAAACAAAUUUUCAACAGAAAACAAUUUCAUCAUUUUACAAGUGCGCCGACGCGUCGGGAGGAGUGCCUUUUUCACAAUGGCUAAACACAUUCAACAACGCGGUGGAUCGAUUUAUUGUGGCCUCAGUCUUUUGGGUAUUCUGUGUCUUGUCAUAUUUCGUUUACUACCCGGAACAUCAACAUUUGGUGUAUAUGCCAUGACCGAUAAUCGAGAUUAUCAUCAUCGGGAUGGCAUUCAUACGCCAUGCACUUUCUUCGAUACGGUGAAUCUGACUGGUUACAAACGCUUCGAAAAUGGCAGCUAUGAGUAUGAUGGCAUUAUAAUACCCAGCAAUUUGGUUGGUGUCUACGAUUACAUCUAUAAGGAUCUGGUGCAGCGUGUCGAAGUGGAGCCCCAUAUGCGUGGUUGUAUAUGCCAAUUGAAAUCAUGUCUGAAUCUAUGCUGCCCUUGGGGGGAAAUCUAUGUGGUUGAUAGAUGUACAAAUGAUUCGAGAGCACGUCAGCGAACUUGGCCAGCUCCUGUAUUAAAUGUCACCUUUGAGAAUGGUACAACACAUCCAGUGAAUAUUUUCCAACAGUUUAGUGUCCAAAGUUUUCGACCAUGUACCGAAAUGUUCUCUCUUCUACCGGAAGUAAAUGAAUAUGAUUCAUAUGUUCUAUACACAAAUGGCACAAUGCUGCGUGAAGAUGAUAUGACCUAUAUUAGAAAGAAUGAGUUCUGCUUGAUACCCUCAUAUGUAAAUGAAACGGAUACAUUCUAUACCCUAAAUCCGGCCAAUUGUGAUAUGAAAUCGGAGAAGACAACUGUGAAAAUUAUCAAUGCAUAUGCCAUGUUAUUCUCCAUACCGUUCAUGCUGCUGACCAUAGCCGUCUAUUUGCUUAUUCCGGAGCUAAGAAAUCAGCAUGGCAAAUCACUGGUAUGCUAUCUGCUUGGCCUAUCCAUUGGUUAUUCGGCCCUGUGCUGUGUUCUUCUAAUGAAGAAUCUAGAUCCAGAGAGUAUAGCAUGCAAAUCGUAUGGCUAUACAGCCUACUAUUUCUUUAUGGCCGCAUUCCUUUGGCUGAAUGUCAUCAGUUUUGAUUUGUGGCACAAUUUCCGGGGUACUCGGGGCAUUAAUCGUUUUCAGGAGAAGAAACGUUUUGCCUUCUAUUCCCUCUAUGCCUGGGGUAUGGCAUUUCUCUUUUUGGGUUUCACCAUUUAUGCCCAAGAGGGAACCGAUUGGCCAGGCUCAUUGAAACCGAGCAUUGGCGAUGGACAAUUCUGUUGGCUGGACAUGCAGACAUGGGCGGGAAUGAUAUAUUUCUUUGCACCCAUUAUUUUCAUCAUUGGAGCCAAUACCGUGAUGUUUGUGAUGACAGCCAUCAAGAUUCAUGGUGUACAACGGGAGAUGGCUAAAAUAAUUGCACGAGAGGAUAGUACAAAGAAUUUGCGCACCGAGAAGGAUAAAUUUGGUCUAUUCCUGCGACUCUUUUUGAUAAUGGGCGUGACUUGGUCAUCGGAAAUUGUAUCGUAUUUCGUUGGUAGCGAUAAGAAAUGGUCGAAAAUCUUUUACUUAACCGAUCUAUGCAAUGCCAUGCAAGGUUUUCUCAUCUUUAUGCUAUUCGUGAUGAAAAAGAAGGUCAAACAUUUGAUAACCAAUAGAUGUUCGAGAUCGGGCGAUGGUAGCAAUCAACGGCAAAGUCAAUACUCCACCAAAACAACAUCCAGCAGUGUCGCCAAUUUAUCGCUUCAUGAGAAGAAUUCAGCGGAGAAGCCAUUGGUAUCGACUGUAGAUCAACAUCAACGCACUACGUCCUUUCAUUAAAAAAAUGUGAAGCAGGAAUAACAACUGGUUGGAUGUCUGUAUGGCUAACAACAUCUGGAGGGCUGACAACAUUUCCAUUGCGUUUCUUGUGAACCUUUCGCUCUGUGCGCUUUAGCAUCGAAUAAUAUCUGGGAUAGGACCGCCAUAUUAUAUCGUAGUUUAUGAAAAGACACUAAAUAUAUGCUAAGAACUUUCACUUUUUCUCUCUCUCUCCCCCCCACUCUUAACUAAGUACAUACAUUUACAUUUAUAUACAAUAUUAUGCAUUCACUAUAAGUACCUAAAUGUUUUGUGUACGUACGAAAAGUACUUAAUCCUUUAUGUCACUUUUCACAUUUAUUUUAUUUCAACCUGAUUAGUUCUAUAAGCACGCUUCACAAACGAGAGUAAAAAGAAAAAACAAUCCCUUAAGUACGAUAACUAGUAUUUAUAUCUCAAAAUUAAUGAAAUCUUUUAUCUAAAUGAAAAUAAUUUAGAAGAAAAAAUGAAAAAGAAAAGCUUCUUAAGCAACACAUAUGUGAAAUUGUAAUUGAGUAAUGGUAAUUGUUUAUAUAUAUAUAUAAUAAUCAGAUAUUUUUUUUGUUUUGUUGUUUUCACCGCAUAUACGUACUCAACACACAAAAGUCAAAGUUACUUGUAUGUCAAAUUAAAUAAAGCCAAAGAUACAAAUCAU